AUGGCUUCCUCGGUAGACUCGCCAUUGACCCAGCAGGCGAGGCCAGAUGUCUUCGAGCCGAAAGUGGUUGGACUGUAUCGGCGCCUCUUCAGAGAUGUCGAGGAUGAUGAUGAGAAAGACGGAGCAUUCUGGACAACGCUCUUUCUGCUGAAGCCCGACACAUCAGCCUUGCGAGAUAUCCUCGAAAACACAGAUUCAGAGUUCCUAAUACACACACAAGUAUGGCACCAAUCACAACAAUUAUUACUCCAUGCUCUCACCAGAGUAAAGGAUGCAGAAGGGCCUGCCGACGAAAAUGCACUUGAUACUUUGGCAGUCUUCUUCGCCAUUGUGCUAUCUAAGAAGUUCAUGAAUCCAAGCUCAGAUGUCAUCGAAGUGCUAGCUGGUCUAGACAAUGUCGACACUGUUUUCUUCGAUCUCGUCGCCACAUUAGACUUGGCCAUCAAAGAUGGCAGGAGCACUGAGGUUCGACAAAAGGCCGUUCGUACGGCGAUCGCAAUUGUGGCUGGCGGAUACCAUACAGCUCUAGUAUCAUACUUCGUGCAUCGAGACUUCUUUCCAGCUCUGAUGAAGCUGGUGCAUCAGCUUGACAAUCCAUUGCAAGCGUCGGAGCCUUUCUUGUUGACGGGCCUUCUCGCAAACUACAACAAAUUCGAGCAGCCAAACCAGUACCGCGUACGUUUUGCGGACUUUGUCAACGAGGAAACCAUGAUCAGAGUCGUGCAAAGCGUGGCAUGGACGACAAGUGUGCUGCGAGAACGCUAUAUCGCUAUCGUAGACGACACUCCUGUAGGCUGGAGUCUUGGCACUCCACUGUCCUACAUUGGCCUUGGUGCUUUGGCAGGAGUGAAGAAACCAGCAGCUCCAGUGCUUACAGAAGAGCAGCAGAGAGAAGUCUUCUCAGAGCAACCUGGUGGCGAGGCAGCCAUCCUUCUCACACUUUACGACUUUGCUUUAGCGAACAACCUGUUCUGCCAUCACCUCAUCAGCAUUCCAGCUUCUGAAAAGGGCCAAGCUCCUCCAUUCAGCAGCCUUCUUUCCUUCUCAUCCUACUUGUACCAGCAUGCAUAUCGGAGCAUGAGAGCUUCAGCAUACGCCUACCUCACCUUGCUUAUUCUUCUGAUCCUAGUCGAGGAGCCAGCUCUUGCCAAGCUUCUGUGCGAGACAUCAGCACCUGUACGCCUAUGCCGACAGAGACCGCCACAAUUGCCACUGCCCAAAGGAGACCGACCGUACAUCGCAGCUAUCAUCGAUCUGAUCGUAGACGGCAUCAAUCAUAACCUCCGCAAGCGUCUGGACACGAAUUUCUACAAGCAAAGCAUCUACGUCCUCUCACGAAUCAUUUCACAUCUCGCAAAAAGCCACACCAAACUUCCGUGCCACUGGUCUGAGCUUUGGCGCUCCCUGCUUUCUUUCGUCCGCUUCCUGACGACCUACGCCGACGAUCUUCGCAACCUGCCCGGCAUUAUGGAACUUGUCGAGUCUCUGACCGACCUCCUCACCACAGCAAUGUCAAACGGCGAAGCAUUCUUGCCGGAUUCCGCAGCCUACGAUGACCUAUUCUACAAGCUCGUCGAGUCUGGCGAAGCUUUGAUCAAAUUUCGAGACGUCUAUCGCCUGGCCGAACCUGACGAGGACAAACCCAUCAAUACCCUUAUAGGCGUAAGCAAGCAUUAUCAAGAAUUGAUCGAAAGCCACAAGAAUAAGAGCACUCACCUCACCCCUCGAGAGGUUCAGAAAAUCAUCAAAGAAGGCUACGAAACUCUCUCGAUCGAAACAAGAGAGGGUGUGGAACAGGCAAGUCAGAUGGAGAAAUACAGAGAAGUCGACCACAAAGUCGAAUUGAAGAAAAUCGCGAGAGUUACGGUCUUGGAUGCGGCUGGUCUAGUCUACUCGAUAUGA